UCCAUCUCUUUCUAACGUUUCCCCUUGUCAAACCUAUAAAAGCCGAGCGGUUGACGCAUCUCUCGCUCAGAGUGCAAAGCAAAGUAAACGAAUGUUAAAGAACUGAGAAAACUAAAUACAUAAAAUUUAAGAAAUAUAUUAAAUAUCAAAGUAAAAUUAAAAUAAAAUAAAAUCAAAUCAUGUCUUUCGUUUCCGUUGCCGACUUCGAGCAAAAGGCCAAGGAGCAGCUGGAGCGAAAUGCCUUGGAUUAUUAUAAGAGUGGCGCCGGGGAGCAGGUGACUCGCGGCCUCAAUCAUGAGGCCUACAAGAGAUUACGUUUGCGUCCGCGCUGCCUGCGCGAUGUUUCCCACUUGGACAUCAGCUGCAAGAUUCUGGGCGAACAGCUCGCUUGGCCCUUGGGCAUUGCGCCCACAGCCAUGCAAAAGCUGGCACAUCCAGAUGGGGAAAUAGGCACGGCACGCGCCGCUGGCCAAGCUGGUUCCAUCUUCAUCCUGAGCACUUUAUCCACCUGCUCCAUCGAGGAGGUGGCAGCAGCUGCCCCAGAGACUUGCAAAUGGUUUCAGCUCUACAUCUACAAAGAUCGCUCCCUCACCCAACAGCUAGUGAGGCGCGCCGAGCUUGCCGGCUUCAAGGCGCUCGUUCUGACAGUGGACAUGCCCAUCAAUGGCGAUCGUCGCGCGGAUGCCCGCAAUCAGUUCAGUCUGCCGUCCCAUUUGAGUUUGGCCAAUUUCCAGGAUGAGCUGACACAGGGUUUCGCCUCGCAGUUCGGCGGCUCUGGCUUGAAUGAGUAUGUGGCCAGCCACUACGAUCCGAGCAUCACGUGGCAGGAUGUCAAGUGGCUGCAACAACUCACCCAACUGCCCAUCGUGCUGAAGGGCAUUCUGACAGCAGAGGAUGCGCAACUGGCUCGGGAUGCUGGCUGUGCUGGCAUCAUUGUCUCGAACCAUGGUGGACGGCAGCUGGACACAGCCCCGGCCACAAUCGAAGCGCUGCCCGAGAUCGUUGCAGCUGUGGCCCACGAUUUGGUAGUCAUGCUCGAUGGCGGCAUUAUGCAGGGCAUCGAUAUAUUCAAGGCUCUGGCCCUGGGCGCCCAGACGGUCUUCAUUGGCCGCCCCGCUCUGUGGGGCUUGGCAGCCAACGGGCAGCGCGGCGUGGAGCAGCUCCUAAAGCUUAUGCGACUCGACUUUGAGACCACAAUGAAGCUGACUGGCUGCGCCACAUUGAGCCACAUUCAACCCACAAUGGUGGUUCAUGAAUCGAGCUUUUGGAAACUCGGAGAAUUUAAUUAGGUUUUUAUUUAUUUUAAUAC